AAUUUAUUUUACAGGCUUGUGUUGACUUUAGUGCAUAUAUUGACUUGCUGAAGCUAAACGCAAUGCGGGCUAUAGGUUGCUUCUUGCUAGCGGUGGCGCUGCUGUGCUGGCAGGUUACGGCGGCAGUUGGACAAAUCAGGGUGUGCGUUGCUGGCCGCGACGCGGAGACGGCGUGCCGGAAGAUGGAAACGCGCAAGAAUCCUGUACCUCUGUCCUGCUUCGUCACCCAAGACAGGUACGACUGCCUCCUGCGGUUGGUGACGAAGGAGGCUGACGUGACGGUGGUAGGAGCAGAAGACGUGUUCCUGGCCAAGGAAAUAUACUACGGGAAGGUGCAAAUUAUUGGACAGACCCGAGCAGUGCACAGGAGAACAGAAUCGACGCGGUAUGACGGCGUGGCCCUGCUGGAGAUGAAGCAGCUGAAGCUGUCGUGUGGGUCCGGUCUGAUCUCGCCCGAGAACGACCUGAAGGCCGUGUCUAACUUCUUCGGUCUCGCCUGCCUGCCUGGACGAUGGGCUCCUGACAACGAAACUGACGCCGCCCUCAAAAAGAAGUACCCGAACCUGUGCUCGAUGUGCGCGAACCCUGCCGAGUGCAGUGACGAGGAUCAGUACUCGGGGUACGUCGGGGCCCUGCAGUGUCUGACGAAGGCGAACGGUGACGUGGCCUGGACCAAACACGACGCUGCUGUUGACUUCUUCAACAGCACUGAGCGGCUGGCAGAAAGGGCCCAGUACGGUCUCCUGUGUCCCGAUGGGUCGGUGCGGGACAUUGACCAGCCUUGUCCCUGGGCGUCCCGGCCCUGGGACGCAUGGCUCACCAGGACCGGUCACGAAGCAAAGUACCUCCACACAGCUGCGUAUGACAUCACCAUCGAGCGGCUGAGGUGUCCUGAAGACCCCCUGAGGUUGUGCGUGACAUCAGACGCAGCGCUCGACAAGUGCCGCGCUCUGUCACAGGUGCUGAAGUCUCGCCGCAUCCGUCCUGACCUGACGUGCGAGCUGGCGUCAGGCACAGCCAAGGACUGCGCUAUGGCCGUGGCUGACGACCGCUCCGAUCUGGCCGUGCUGAGUGCUGCUGACGUCUACAGGGGACAUGUGGAGUACGACCUACGGCCGCUGGUGGCCGAGAAGUACGGCCUGGAGGAAUCCUCUUACUUCGCCGUGGCCGUCGUGAGGGCGAACUCCGGCAUCACGAAGCUGGCUGACCUGCGCGGCAAAAAGUCCUGCCAUACCGGCGUGGGCAAGACGGCUGGCUGGAAGGCGCCGAUAGUGUCACUGAUGGACGCAGGUCUGCUGAGGCGCGGCAGCUGUAACUACGCUGGGGAGGUGGCAGGGUUCUUCUCUGCGGCGUGCGUACCUGGCGUCAAGACCCGGACUUACGACCCCGACGGCAGCAACCCUGAGUCGCUCUGCCAGCUCUGCGUCGGCAGCGAGGUGUCGGGAGCGGGGGGGCCAGCGUACCCCUACUCGAGGCAGCUGAACGCGACGUGGGCUGCAGACUUGCGAACCCAGGACUACAGACUGCUCUGUAGGCAGGGCGGCACUGCAGACAUUGUAGACUUCGCGACCUGCAACCUCGCCAGAGUGCCGUCCAAUAAGGUACGUGAGUGCCGUCCAAUAAGGUACGUGGGCGCCGUCCAAUAAGGUACGUGGGCGCCGUCCAAUAAGAUACGUGGGCGCCGUCCAAUAAGGUACGUGGACGCCGUCCAAUAAGGUACGUGGACGCCGUCCAAUAAGGUACCUGGG